AUGGUACAAGAUUUAGAUUUUAUCGGUGAUAUAAAUGAUAAAUAUACCGCGUUGGAGUUAGAACUGGAAGAGAAGCUUGAAGCAGUUGUGAAAAGAGAACGUGCUCUUGAUCCUGUUGAAGUGAAAAUCAAUAACAGAACCGCAUCAAAGAAACAAGAAUCUGCAAAUUUCUCGCUGACAAUAGCAAAAGGACGAAACUAUGAAUUGCUGAAAUCGUUGGAAAUUUCCAAAGCCAGACUGCGAUCCCGCGCUACUUUCAGUCCACUGGAAGCCAUUCUUCAAAAGGCCAUUGGAAGUUAUCUAAAGGAAACAUCCCUAGUUCCUUGCAGCACCAAAAAGCUUUACGGACCCACCUAUGUUUAG